CAAAUCUCAAAGAACGCACAUGCGCAGAUUGGGCAGCAAGAGCUGCACGACGAACUGUUGGUCGAGGCAAGACGGGAUGCGUCGAUAUCACUAUCAAGUCGGUGCUGCCGCGAUUCAAUGCUCCGACCUCUGAAGCAGGGCGCCUGAACAACAUUCCCUACGUCGAUACCCACGAUGAAGUCCGCAUAAAGCACGCUUUGUAGUUCUCGUAGGUGCAUGCUGCACAGGCCCCAUCUACGGCAGGUUGUAGCAUACCGUUAAAGCUGGCAACGACACUGACCACUUAGGACUGCCAUGAGGCGGGGGUGCCGUGGGAGCCUCUGUAUUCAGGCAACUGGACAGGAUCACAUAACGGUAGCAAUAUUAAAGCCACGACUCGAGAGUUUCAAGCGCAUUCUCCACAGGCAACCGCUCUCUCAGCUGACAUGGUUUGGCCACUGCCUCAAGAGCUUACGGACUACAUCGUGGAUUUUUUGUGGAACGAUGCACGCGCGCUGGAGGCUUGUUACACGAUGGGCGAGCCAUUUCGUGCUGCCAGCAACUUCCACUUGCGCGAGUGCCGGAGAUCGCAAUUUCCCCUAGCCCGAGCCGACUCGCUGAGCAUGCGCAGUCAUGUUACGUUUGACUGGUAUGCGCGUGUGUUUCGUCAUGACCAGCGGCAUCGGGCGGACGUUUUCAAACACGUACGCAAUCUGACAAUUAUCGACGACCCGUCAAAGCCAUUCGUGCAUACCCUUCCUCAAGUGUUAGGGAGCCUUUCUCAGUCAGUGCAGAAAUUAUACAUUGAGGGCGCGGACUGGGCCGCAAGAAGCCUACUCCAUUCGAGCUUCUUUGGAGCACUCUCGCAAUUCAAGUCUCUAAAAACGCUCACCCUUGUGUCCUGUCAAUUUGCAACUCUUUCUGAUCUCCGUCGCCUUUUGUAUGGUCUCCCUGCGCUGAAAGAGCUAAUCCUAUGUAGCGUCCACUGGAAAUGUGCGACAGAAAAUCAAGCAGCCAUUCCACAGCGGCGUCAACCGCUGGAGUUGAAAGAUCUCAAGAUAGAAGAUCGUGUAUGGCGAGAGACUUCGGAUCCAGGCCUCUUCGCUCUCCUAUCGCAUUUGACAUCCGUUGAAAGGCUCUCGAUCUCGUCAUGCACCUUCCCCACCAUCAACGAAUUGACGCAGAUCAUUGAUGCACUUCAUGGGCUCUCCACGCUGAGCCUGGAAAACAUCAUCUUGGAUCCUCGCCUGGCGGACAUGAGUCAGAUAUCCACUAUCGGACCGCCUGUCGUUGCGUCUCCUGGCUCGACAGAUUCGACAGCUAUUGUGCUAUCUGGAAUCGCGGGUCGGGGCUUAACGACGGGAUCUCUGAAUAUAUUCGAUCCAGUUGUUGACUGGCUGUUCCGUGCACAAUCCACACGGCGCAUCCUGCUGCUGAAAAUGGAGGAUUCAGAGUCAAACGUGCGGUACAAUAAGAUUGGGGUUCACAUCGACUAUGUCCCGUCCCGCCUUGGCAUUACCGUCCGAAGCGAACAGACGAUGUGGUCAGCCAUGCAGGGCUGCCUGCAUCAGGCUCUCACUCUCGGCGGCCACGCACUGCCCAGCAUGAUCAGUAUCAAACUUGCCGGACAAGUGGUCGUCCACGACAUCAGAAACCGAUUGGAAGAGACAGAGUGUCGGGCGUUCGAUCGUGUCUUAAACUCUGAAGGACUACGCCAAGUGAAGAAAGUAACGGUCGGCUGCGACGGUUUACAUCUGUUUCCUGAUGACACGACUUCCUAUAGAGCACUCAACGCUUACAUACGGGCGCUGUUCUCGCCUUGCGAUCGCCGAGCCAUAUUGAAGGUUAUGUUCAAGAUGCCUGAAACGAAGCGCCACGCAGUAUCCCGUUAUUAA